AUGAAUGCAUUUCUCGAUAAAUACGGAAAAGACACGACCACAAACUUUCAACUUGUGAAAUGGGCAAAGGAGUUGAACGUCUCGCCGUUUUAUUAUUGCAUGCGAGAUGAAAUUGAUGAACUGAAAUACAAGAAAGAAUCUAAAAAUCCCAUGAGUUCUACGGCGUUUAUAAACAAAGCGAAACCUUUUUUCGUGGAUCAAAUCGAAGACACCUUACAAGGGGAUAUCGAUAUGAACAAUUUCAAAAUAACGAAUUUAAAGUUUCCAGGAAACGAUAACGAUGCCGUGAACAAGAAAUAUUUACUGGAUCAAAUAAACGCAAUUCAAAUAGAUAAGGACCAUGUUGAAAAUAGAAUAACUGACGUGAAAAGAUACUUCAGACGAAAUAUUAAAAAUUAUGUGGACGAACCCAAACUACAACACGAGUUAACGAGUUUGAAACGUCUUAUUCAAGUGGAUAAAACAAGUCAGUUGCAAAGUUUAAUAUCUAAAUUAGACGAUGAGAUUACGAAGGUUAAAGUCAAUAAAAUAGUCUUCAAACAAAUCAGUGCCGUUAAUCCUGUCAAACAUCUUUCAUUUUUCAAUGAUGGUAAUUUGGAAGAGACUAUACGUUUGAUUGAUAAAAGAGACUGGUUAUAUGAAAUUGAAACGAAAAAUGGUAAAUAUGUAGACACCUUUAAUAUGGAAGUAGAAAAUAAUAAGAAUAUUAUUGGAAUCAAAGAUUUAGAUAUGAUAUUGGAGACGGAAAAUCCACCAUCAACUAAAAUAAUCAAAAACCCAACACCACUACAAGAAUCGAGUAGUUAUGAGUUUUUACGAUCAACAGACUUUGAAUACGUAAAACUGUAUUUCGCUUUAGGUGGAAAAUACACCUCAAUCGAUGUUCAUAAAAGUCAACAAGAAAGAGAGUUUAUAGUAUAUUUAUCGUUUGCCGAAGAUUUCGACUUCGAGCUUAAGGCUAGUGGUUUUAUUUUUAGAGCCAAGAUAAACAUCGAAAAAGAAAAAAGAAAAUAUUCCUAUCAUCUUAACGAGGACCAUACGAAAAAAGAAAUGUCGUUAGUACGCGUAAAUGUUUUUAUUUUGAAUAUACAAAAAUAUAAUAAUGCUGGGAUUCUCGAAGGGUUUGGUUUAUCGGAAAUUCACUUAAUUUAA